ACACGCGCGCGAAAGUGGCGCUGAGCGGGGAGAGCCGUUAGCGGAGCGCCGGCCGGGCUGCAGGUCACUUUCAGCGGACCAACUUCGCUUUCCCCCUCGCAGUCGACCGUCCAGCACCAGGUGUGUGUUUCCGUAGAGAAAUAAAGACUGAGCGGUGACCGAGUUCCGACCGAAAGCGGAGGAAAGAAGCUGUGGGCUGUGCGGACGCGGCGGAGUCAGACCAACAACAACAACGGUCCGUGCCUGUCGGUUCAGCGGCUGACUGUGAGGCUGAAAGCGGGUUCAGUCGUUCGGACGGCGGGUUCUGAGGUACAGACAGACCCAUUUUCGGUCACAGAGGCGGCUGUGUUGCGGAGCUGGCUCUGAAAGUUCGGUUGUAACCGUUAGCCGCCGUUUUCCGAGCGACCGAGGACGAGCGCGCGCGGCCGGCGAGCCGAGACGCACACACUCACGCGCUUCUCCGCCUCCACGCGCUCCACCAUCCCGCUCCUCGCUCUCCUCGCGCCAUGCAGCAUCCCCUCGCGGGCGGCCCGUGCGUCGCUCUGCCCCGCGUGGACGUGUGUCCGCAGCUCUCCUGUGCCUUGACGUUCAUGUACUUACAGCAGGGUAAUCAGGACGCCCCAGCACCCCCAGAGCCCAUGGCCCAGCCUUACCCCUCCGCCCAGUUCGCCCCCCCUCAGAACGGAAUCCCCACUGAGUACCCGGCUUCACACCCCCACCCGGCUCCAGAGUACCCGGGCCAGACUGCUGUACCUGACCACACGCUGAACAUGUACCCCCCGGCGCAGACACACAGCGAGCCCAGUGCAGACACCAGCGUACAGACCGUCUCCGGCACAGCCACACAGACAGACGAUGCAGCACAGACAGACAGCCAGCAACAGACACAGUCAUCCGAAAACACGGAAAACAAGACGCAGCCGAAGCGGCUUCACGUCUCCAACAUCCCUUUCAGGUUCAGAGAUCCAGACCUCAGGCAAAUGUUUGGCCAAUUUGGUAAAAUCUUAGAUGUUGAGAUCAUUUUUAAUGAGAGAGGAUCUAAGGGUUUUGGUUUCGUAACUUUCGAAAGUAGUGCUGAUGCGGACAGGGCGAGGGAGAAAUUACACGGCACGGUGGUAGAAGGCCGUAAAAUAGAGGUUAACAAUGCAACAGCACGAGUAAUGACAAACAAAAAGACGGUCAACCCAUAUGCAAACGGCUGGAAGUUAAAUCCUGUUGUGGGUGCAGUCUACAGCCCAGAAUUCUAUGCAGUGCCAGGUUUUCCAUACCCAGCUGCCACAGCGGCUGCAGCAUACAGAGGGGCGCACUUAAGAGGGAGAGGACGCACCGUGUACAACACAUUCCGGGCAGCUGCUCCUCCACCGCACAUCCCAGCGUACGGAGGCGUUGUGUACCAGGACGGAUUUUAUGGUGCAGAUAUUUAUGGCGGAUACGCUGCCUACCGAUACGCCCAGCCUGCCACCGCCACCGCCGCUGCCUACAGUGACAGUUACGGACGAGUUUAUGCUGCCGACCCCUACAACCACGCACUUGCUCCAGCAGCCACAUACAGCGUUGGUGCCAUGAACGCUUUCGCGCCCCUGACCGAUGCCAAGACCAGGAGUCACGCGGACGAUGUGGGUCUUGUUCUUUCUUCAUUGCAGGCUAGUAUAUACCGAGGUGGAUACAGUCGUUUCGCUCCAUACUAAGAAAAAAAACAACAACACAAAACCAACAAAAAACACUAAUGAGAAUCUUCCUGUGGGGUAAAGAGAGAAUAAUUCAGAGGCCUGGGUAUUGCAAUACAUGCAGUAGUGCAUCAUUUUGGCAUCUCUUAAGAGAGAGGACAAAAAUGGAUAUUUUUCAUCUUAUACCUCAGAUAUUUUGUGCUGUGUAUUUUAAUAUUGUGGGUUUUUAAUUUCUAAAGAUUACAUAGAUUGUUGGCUGUAGAGGUUUCUGUGGUGAUCUAGAGAGCUGCUAGAUUUUAAAAAGAAGAAAAAAAAACACUUAAAGAGACAAAUUGUUAGGGCUUUAUCAUGUAAAUGAAUUAUGUAUGAUAAAUAUUAAGUCCCUUGGGGUUAUCAUAUUUUGUAAGAGUGUAAGUGACUACAAGUGCUUUUUUUGUUUGGGUUUUUUUUUUUGGUUUUGUUUUUGUUUUUUUUGUUGUUUUUUUUAGUGGUUCUUUUUUGCUUUUUGGGUCGUUUGUGGUUUCCAUGCCUGAACGAAGGGGUGGGGGGGGCAGGAAAGUAGACAGUAGGUGAGCGUAGACGCCCGUGUCUCCGCGGCGGGCAGCAGAGGGGGGCCCAAGGGAAGCCAGUGCACCAAGGUGGUGCGAAGACAGGAAAGAAACCACUGAGGCAUUGAUUAUUUCAGCCGUCUGAUAUCAGUCAUCACUCAAAGCCAAAGUUUAUGUUCCCAGGAUGUUCUACGUGUUUGGAAUUUUACAUAGCGGCUCUUAGAAAACCUCCACAAAACUUCACCGUGACAGUAUUUUACUGUUUACCUAUUAUCUAGUACGUAGGUCAGGCCCUUAACUAGUUGAUGCCAACCACAAGAUGUUCUUUUUAUAUUACGGUACUUCCAGUAUAUCGAUUGAUAUAAUUGCUGACUUUUAUAUUACGGGAGAGAUGAAUAAGUAAAAAAAUAAAAAAAAUAAAAAUAAAAAAGACGGCCAAAGUGGCGCCGUUUAUAUUUUCUGUUUUCUUGUUUUCCUUUCUUUUAUUUCUUUUCUUUUUUUUUCUUUUUUUUUUUUUUUUCCAAAAGUAAUGAAACUAUGAUUAUUUGUACCGGAUGAAAGUGGAAAAAAAAAAUAAUAAUAAUAAACCAACAGUGUAUUAAAUUUGAUCUGUUCAGUGGAAAUGUUCUCUUAUACGAAAUACACAGCUGUGUAAUGUUUUAGAUUUAGUGUGGUAGACCAACUGUUAGAGAAAGGUGUCUCAUUUUUUAUGGAAUCAUACUCAGAUUUAUAUCAACACUUUACAAGUAAUGCAAUCAUUAUGUAGAUAUGAUCAUAGUAUUUUUGUCAACUGUACUAUUUUGCACACACGACCUGCAGUUUUUUCAUCACUUCUCAGCUCGUGGGACAUUACAUCGUCUGUUGUUUGCUUUUUUUUUUUCUUUCGUUUUUUUUUUGUUUUGUUUUCUUUUAUUUCUUUGCUUUGCCUCGUUUCAGUUUUGAUAUCAUUUUUAAUGUGACAUCCUUUGUAAUAUUAUUUUCUAGAAAACACAGCCUUUACACUUUGAAACUGUUUGAUUAUCGAGAAACUGAGAAAUAUAGGACUUGUGAAAAAGAUAUCUAUAUGUAAAUAUGAAUAAUGAUAAAUAUGUCAUUUACAAGUGCUACACAAACAAGCCGUCGAGGCGUCCUUGAAGAGUGGCGGCAUGUGCUGUGCAUUCGCGAAGAACUUCCCUUCAUGUUGUUUACAGUAUACCUACUUAGAGGUGUUUGUCACAUAUCUCAUUUUUGUUUUGUUUUGUUUUGGGGUUCUUUUUUUGUAUUUAUAAAAAAUGUUGAAAUACAUAAAAUACAACAAAAACAGCAGCUUAAAUUUAUCCAGCUGCAAAUAUCCUCUUGUGUACUGUGUGUCCUACCACACAACUGGGCAAAAAUAUCGUAUCCACUGCUGUAACUCUGCUAUACUUUCUGCUUCCAGUAGGUGUUGUGAACAGGCCUUCUCCUUGUCAUUGUAUGUGCAUGCACUAUGAUCCGCAUAACAGUAACCAUCAAUAAAGUUUCUCAAGAUAAGGA